AUGAAGUCGGCCGCCAAGCUCAGUGCAUCUCUUCUUCCCCUGAAGAAUCAAUCAUUCCUUAGCAAGGCAGUAAACUUGGUCGGCCAAGAAUUUCAGCAGCGUAGGUCAAAUGUAGUUCGUUCUGAGCCCAGCGGCUCAUUGGGAAAAGACGGAGAUUUAUUCUCUUCCGUUGUCAAAGUCAAAGCAUGGCUCCAGUUUAUUGACAGCAAAGUGUUGACAUGA